CCUCAUUCUUUAGAUUGGUCAAGCAGAAAACUUCCGUCUUUCGAGUGCGAUACCAAAAGGAAAAUAUUCAAAAGAGUUAACGAGGCUAACCGGCGGUCGGAUAACUACCUUUACCAGUUUUACACAGCGAUCGUCUUGGCCCUCCUCACCUCGAGACCCCAGGAGUGAAUGACGCUCCCCCCGUCCCUUCCACACCCUGACGAGGAUGACAAUGGAAGAGAUGAAGAAUGAAGCGGACGCGACCUCGAUGGUUUCCAUGACGCUCUAUGCCGUGAUGUACCCUGUCUUCAAUGAGCUGGAGAGAGUAAAUCUAUCUGCUGCACAGACUCUAAGAGCCGCCUUCAUAAAGGCAGAGAAAGAGAACCCGGGCCUAACUCAGGAUAUUAUCAUGAAGAUUCUGGAGAAGAAGAACGUUGAGAUUAACUUCACAGAGUCUUUAUUACGCAUGGCUGCAGAUGACGUUGAAGAGUAUAUGAUUGACAGAGCCGAGCGAGAGUUUCAGGAGCUGAAUGAAAGGGCUCGUGCGCUCAAACAGAUCCUUAGCAAAAUCCCUGAUGAAAUCAACGACCGAGUCCGUUUCCUGCAGACAAUCAAAGACAUAGCCAGUGCCAUAAAAGAACUACUGGAUACAGUCAACAAUGUGUUUAGGAAAUACCAGUAUCAGAACAGACGGGCACUUGAGCAUCAGAAGAAAGAGUUUGUGAAACACUCCAAAAGCUUCAGUGAUACUCUGAAAACAUACUUCAAAGACGGAAAGGCGAUAAAUGUGUUUGCCAGUGCCAACCGCCUCAUCCACCAAACCAACUUGAUACUGCAGACCUUCAAAACUGUCGCAUAGGAGUGGCAGAAGUGUAUUUUUAAAAAAUAACCUUUAUAUGAACAAUGUAAAGAUACUUUGGACUGUAAUUUAUGAGUCUUGUCUCCAGGAGGUAACACUUAAGGCAAGAUGGCUUCUAUUAUCAUUUCUAACCGCACAUCUAAUCUUCUUUAUGAGCUGGAGCUUUACGCUCACGCUAUCGCUAUGGAGACGCUCUGGCUUGAUUUCUCCCUCUGUUUUGCUCCUGAUGUGGUUUUGUUCUCUCCGGUCAGUCCAAGAGAAAGCCAAAUGCCUGGGAGCCUUAAACGGGAGGGAGACGCAGACGUGCUUGUAUAUGCUGGGGUUAACUGUCUCUUCUGAUGCUUUGAACUUGAAUGAGAGAUGUAUAUUUAAUAGAUAUUUGGUAACAGAAUUGUUCAAAUAAACACAGCACAUGUUGGAAAGAUUUAAACAAAA